CCCAAACCUGACCCUGAAUGUGAAUGUGCCGGAAGGUGACAAAACAUGUUUCCGCCCAAGUCGACUGCACAUAGCUUUUAACUACCUGUAAUCUUGAGCAUCUGUUGGACGCUUUGCACGUUGGUCGUUGUUACGUAUUUGCCUCGAGUCAUCAAGAGAGUCCACUUGACUGAGCACCACUCGCCCCAUUUGUCCAAACUCAAUUGGCAAAUACUCGCGUUUCAGAAACAUCUUGACGCAAUGACUCCAGAGGUGACGCCCGAAGGUCAGGCACUUCUCCCAACACCGAGCGGUGCCGGCCCAGCGGGCUCGCCUGGCACUGGACCGCAUACUCUACCGCACCUAGAACGGACGUGUCGCAUUUGUAUGGAGCCACAGACUUCGAGCGACGAUCCUCUCAUAAGCCCCUGCCAGUGCAAGGGCUCGACGCGGUACAUCCACCGCGAGUGCCUGGCCACGUGGCGGGGCAUGAAGGCGGGCACACAGGCGCACUACCGCUGUGAGAUCUGCCACUUCGAGUACCAGUUCCGCCGCAUCUGGUGGGCCCGCCUGCUAGGGCACAAGGCCACAGCCGGGGUGCUGUUCACGCUGCUGCUGGCGGCCAUCUCCGCGGUGCUGGGCAACCUGCGCUACCUGUGGGCGGACGACGACGGGCUGGGUCUGGGCAUGCGUGUGGCGCUGCACGCCUUCACGGGCUUCUUCGCGCUGGGCGUGAUUGGCGUGGUGUCACUGAUGCACGCCGGCUGCACCGGCCGGCUGCGGGAGCGGGCCUACCAGGAGGACUCCUGCUACGCGCUCGUGUUCAACAACCGGGCAUGCACUGGCAACCCGAGCGAGGGGCGCUGCCUGCCGCCGGCCCUGGUGUUUGCAGUGGUGUUGUGCUACAUCGUGGCGCAGGUGUGGCCCUACGCGCCGCUGGUGGCGCUGGGGCUGCUGUUUGCGGUGGUGACGUUGUACGACGCCUUCUAUGGCUUUGUGAAGGACAGCCUGAAGCACGUCGAGACCAUGGUUGAAAACAUUGGGGAGCCGGAGGAGGCCGCGCGCAGCUGGCCCACGUGGCUGUCGCGGGGGCGCGGCAGCAACAGUGCGGAGGGCGGUGAGGGCGGGCAGGCGGCUCACGGUGCAGGUGAUGGGGGUGUGGCGGGUGCCGGGGAAGGCGGAGGCAGCGGUGGGGUGGGCGAGGCGGCUGGGGAAGCAGGCGCGGGGCCGAGCGGCUCGGCCGGGCCCUAUACCAAGGCGCCCACGGCAGACAGCAUGGUGUAGUGGCAGAUGAGCACGACUGCACAAGGCACGAGGAGCAGGAGCAAGGAGCAGCUUACCGCUGUCGUCCCGGCGGUUGAACCAUGAGAGAGAUCCGUCUGUGAAGGCACUUCAGCAUCAGCUGGUGGAUGCAGUGGUGCGAGCAGUCGCCGGUUGCUGUUGUUGUUUUGUUAAUCAGUCUAGAUCAGCGCCAAGAGAUGUUUGUUGGUUGGGGUGUGGUACCAGGCCAGGCAAACCUUUCUUGCUUACUGUAUUUUUACUGGCACUUUUUACGCGCGUCAAGGUGGCUGGGUUGAUAACGACCCGGGAUCAGCCCUUUUCCUGCCAUAAGGCAGCCACCUCCUUGUUACUGGCACAUGUACUUGUAGUGUUUGAUGACGUGCCAUUGUUGGGGCACCCUGACGGUUGGGACGGUGCUCCAUUAGGUGGAUGGGAGCAAGAUGGUGUUUGGGUGGCCUCCCUGGGGGCGAUGGGACAAUGGGCAGGUGGGCCCCCGGGCGACAUGAGUACUGGUCGCGUUGCGCUUACCUCCUCACAUCUGACUUUGAAUACAUGGAGCAGGGGCUGCCAUUUGCGGGUACAACCACGAGCAAUGCGAUUGGGUGAUGCGGUACGGCGUGAAGUCCCGAAAUGUACAGUACCGUUGUGUCGGCACAGCGUGUACUCGAUGUUGGUUAUUAAGCGCCUACUCCCUUCUACGACGUCGGGCGGUUUUGCGAUGCAACUCUAACAUUCGCUGAGCAGGUUACGUGUACCAUACACGAUAGUAGGUAUGAAGGGCGUCGAGCGGGGGCCGAGGGCAGAGGCGUUGGAAGGCAACCGUGGUAGCUGUGGCGUUCACCGCACCUGAAGUGAACGGGCGGGGGGAUUCAGCGAUGCCCAGGUUGACACGCGUCUCAACGGGCAGAACCUGGCGCAAUUGUGAAGCAAGGCUGCACCGCAACGACCUUCCGAGUUUCCGUUUCUCAACUUUCGAUUAAGCUCCACCUGCGGCGAGGCAGGUCUGGUCAUGCCUGUCACGGUUUCAAUACGCGCGCUGCGAAACCUUGGUCAAUGAAGGAUGUAUGAUGAUUUGGAAGGUGGAUAACUGAUUGACCGGGGGGACGAUGGUGGGGAAGGCACGGGCACCGUUGGGGAUCCAGUUCAAGGCACGGGCACCAUUCGGCCCCGUGGCUUACGGGACCUGUUAUUUUCAACCGACAC